CGUGGUGUAGCUCUGUGCGUGUGUGUGUGAGUGAAUUUACUCUGAUUAUAUCACAUCUUCAGUGCAGAACCAAUCAAUAUUUGUCUAGACAGAAAGCGUAAGCUUAGCUGUUAAUGGCAUGGAUAUCGCAUUAGAAAAUGAUUAUGGUCAUUAAAGCUCUAUUUCAGUUUCAAAUGUUGCAGCACUGCGCCAUCAGAUAACUAAAGCAGAGUCUGUAGUAGGAUCCAGGGCAGAGAGAGACUGUGAACUAUUACACGGGUUGAAAGAGGGGGGGAAUAUACAGGAGGAAGGAUCAAGUAUCAGGAAAUGGUGACAGUGUGAUGCAGCUAUGAUAGAGGAAGAGAGAAAGUGGAGCACCACCCCUCCCUCCCUGCUUCUGCCAUCUGAUGUCGAGGUGGUGUUGCCAGGGGCAACCACAUGAGCAAGAUAAAGGGAGAGGAGAAAAUGAGCCGAGCUGCGUCAGCGAAGCGGACGGGGACUUGAUGCUUCUGCAGCUCGCGCCAUCCUGCGCCUCGCUGGACCGAGCCGAGCUGAUCCAAGCAGCGCUCCGGAUGAUGACGCCGCCGACAGCGGGGCGAAACAGCCGAGCGAAGGACACGACAGCCUGCCAGCAUCAGCAACACGGAGGCAGCCCGCCCAAUCACCAGCUGACGUGCUCACGAGCUCAGCAGCCAAUGAGACGCCUCCCCUGCACAAGCACUCGGAUGCAGAGGCAGCGCCGGGCUCGGAUUUCUUAUUAAUGAAUGGAACAGCUCCGCUCGGCUGCUUUCUGCUCGGACACAAGAAGCCAGCGGGAGAGCAUCCACGGCAACGAGGACGACUUAACCCGCAGCCAUGGAGGCACGACAACGAAACACAGAAUCCCGGCAUCAGGACCCAAACGAGGGCAUAGCAGCGGCUAUUCAGAACGCGGACCCACAUCCUGAUCUCCGUCCUCCAUCAUCAGCAUCAGCAUCCUCUCCUCCUCUCCCGUCCUCGGCCAUGCCGCCUUCUACUUCGUCCUCUGCUCUCCUGACACUGGCGUCUCCAGCCACCAGGCGCUCCAUCUCCAUGGGGGACUUCCGGCGGGUGACGGGGGCUCUGCGGGCCGGCUCGGAGCCCCCCUCCGCCUCCGCCACGGCCCCCUCGUCCAAGCUCGUCACCCCCAGCUCCAGCAUGGAGUUCGAGGCCGCCCGCCGGCGCCUCCUGGAGGUGGAGGAGCGGCAGCGCGUCAUCAGGGAGAUGGAGCGGCGGCUGGAGGAGCUCCGGGAGGUCUUCGUGCGCUCCGAGCAGGAGGUGGUGAUCCACGGGGAGCUGGUGUCGCGGAUAUCUGGCGGGGCCCAACAGGGGGAGCUGUACGUGGCCGAGAACAGCCAACGGCUGAAGAAGGGCCUGAAGUUCAAGAAGCACCGGCCAACCAUCGUCUUCUCGUCCAUGCUGGGACUCCGCACAUGCCUCCCGUGGCCUGUGAAGCUCAAAUAGGCCACCAGAUCACUCUCCACUGCUUUAUAACUGAGCUUUAGACAAACAGGAGGACAGACCUCCAUCCUUUCGCUACCACUCAUCGACAUGGCUGCUGUCCUUCACCUUUCUGCUCUUGUACCCUGAGGGCUGGUCCUCCAGGUCUUUAGAGUGCCUACGCCAAUCACACAUGCUAGUAAGGAGGUUCCUGCAGGACGCCAUUGCUCCAUAACCGUCUUCAGAGAUCCUCUGCAGGUGGAUGCAGCGUUGGACUCCCGCGGGAGGGCUUGUUUAUCGAUACGGCAUCCGUGCUGCAGAGAUGAGUCACGUACAGGUGCUGUGGGAGGAGAGGUUCCGACCGGCUCUGCUGCCUUCACGCGGUUACGUGGCGCCGAUCUGCUUCAGAGGAAGAGGAUGAAAAAGGAGACGGGAACAAGUAAAGUGAAUCGUCUGCCUCUGUGGCCGCGAGGUGCCACAGCACAACAGGGAGCGCUGCGCUGUUAAGUAACACGGAGGACGCAGUGUGGGGAAUCUGAAGGCUGGGACAAAGGAAAACGUGCCUUGGCCUCGUCGACCACCGCAGCCCCUGUUUCUGGCACCACAAAAACAUGAAGAAGAGGAGACGAGAGGAGUCAAUUCCACCUGUGGCCUCUUUUCAUCCAGUCACCUAGCAACUGCUCUCCUCUCCGGCCCAGAGUAACUACAACACUGCUAGACAGCUGUAGAACUGUCCUGAUCCAUGCUUGUAGCUGAACCUGCUCAUUGACUUGAUGACUGCAGGCUGCACUGUAUUUGAGCUGAGGCUAAUUAUCACUGUUUGCUGAACGAAUCCUCCAUAGAAGUCCCAAAUUUAGUGGCUGCCCUAAUUCCUGCAUUUAGCUCACCUUUCAAAUCUGGCCUAGUUCUUCUGGUCCGUGUCAUAUUUAUCUAUUCCACCAGUCCCAGGGAUUUCUACUUUCAGCCUCUGACGGUGACAAUGGAGGAGCGGGUAUUCAAGAACGCAUGUGUAGUGCUGUGCGUGCAUGUUAGUCUGUGCUAGUUCCAAAGCAAACCCGACUCUCGGUUACGGAUCCGUUGGAUGCUUUGCUUUCAGGUUGCAGAAAGCGCGAGCUUCGACUGUGUCGGGUUCCAUCGAGCCAACGUUUCUAAUUGAACGUGCUCUUUAGGUGCAAACACAAGCACGACAAGUGCAUAAGACCAGGCUGCCUACAGUACAUCAGGGACCCACUGAGGCAAACGGCACGCAUGUGAAGGUAGCGGCCACGACUAAAUGUGACGCUUGAUAUGAAUCAACAGGAAUGAGGCCAGAGUUUAGCUUUGGUUUGGUUCCACAAGGGCUUAAGUUGUCAGUUUGCUUCUGUUGAGUAGGAGUGAAGGGACUCAAGAUCGGCUGUGAUGAGCUUCUCACUGAAUGUUUAUAACUCUCUGUAAGGUUUCCACAUGGCUCGUUGUCUGUCCAUAUCUAUACCAAACCACCUGCAGCUAGUUAGCUGGACGCUAAUAUAGAACAGAACGGUCUCGUAGGCCUUAAACAUGUAGUUAACAGCUAGUCACAAGUGAAUGUACAGCUGGCCUAUAUAUUGCUUCUUAAAUAUGCCUUAUGCAAUGUGCAUUGGCAAUUUUUAAUACUGACAGCGGUGACGGUCAACUUUAAUGGCCAACCAUUAUACACACUUUACCAGAAACACAGAAGGUAAAGAGCGCCGUGGCCGGAACUGUGCACGUUUGCAUUUCCACGAAUGAAGACUACGUUUCCCAAAGAGCUCUGGGCCCACUUGCAGAAUGAAUGUAAUGUUAAUUGUAUCUCAAGUGUUUUCUGCGUAUAAUGUAUAGUCACAUUUAUCUAGAUUGAACCUGUGACUGGCAUUAAAUCCGGCUGCAGCCUCUGCCUGUUCGUUGAAUAAUAGUGAGGGUCUCAUGAGUUUGACUGGAGAGAUUUGGACCCACAAAGCUAAAACACAAGGUGUGGGGAUUAAAGGACUACAGCUGCAGCUACCACGGCCCUUUACUGGACACUACACUGGCCAAGCACAGGUCCAAAGCCAACUUUCAACAUUGAUUUACCCUGAAUGUUUUAAUAGUUUGUGUUCAUGUGAUGAUGUGGUAAAAUGAGUAUUUUUAUUCUGCUGAACUAAACACUGGACUUCUGUGUUCCUUAAUCAUCUUUUUUCACAGUGAUAAUACUGUGAGAUCUGUCCACUGUAUUCCACCUGCGUAUGAAUGUUAAACACACAAUACUUUGAUUUUAUCUAACAGCUAUUUGGCUGAUUACACGGCCUUAACGCCAUUAUUCUGAUGGAUUGGGGGUUAUGGAAGAAAAUAACUCAAUUAAUUAUUAACUGGGUAGAAAACACAUUGUCCCCAAUACUCAUUCAUGUAUUAGCACUUGGUUUGAAAUGUUUUUUGGAUUUUUUUUUGCUGCACACUUUUAAGAAUGUUCUGUUUAAAUGCUGAAACUUGCUACCACACAUGACAGCUGACAUUUACUUGACAAUAGCACUAAGACUAGUAAACAUUAAAUGAUAGAUUUCAUUUUAAGCAUUAUCAGGUUUUGUAAAUAACUGGUUUAACAAGUAAAAUAAAUUGACUAAUCAAC